GCAGUCGGCACACCGCCCGGGCGGGCGCCACACGACCGGAAUCUGCGCUACCGUCGAGCGGCACAAAAAUAAUUUCAGUAAAAUAAACGAAUCCAACGACCGCUGUCUUGCGUGCGAGCGACAGAUUCUGUGAAUAAAAAAUACGACGUGAACGAGCCACAAGCGCAGAGCACGAACGCGGCAGCGCGAACGGCGAGCGAUUGAUUACGACGAAACGACUCGAGCUUGGAGCCGAAAUCUUCUCGGCCCCUCGAAAAUAUUAAGAAUCGCUCCGCGGCUGUCAGGCACUACAUUAUCCUGCACUGCUCUUGCAUCGUAUUAAAAACGAAAAAAAUCUCGAAAAAUAUUAAAACCCUCUGUCAGUGGCCACGGCAGAGGGCGACAUAAUAAUUGUACAUUUUAUAUAUGCAUAUAUAAAUUGGAGAAAAGUGAUCUCUAACGUGACGUCACAAUCAAAAUAUUGUGAUUAACUUACCUUUAAAUAUUAUUAAAAAGCUUUGUUGUUUACUCGCAUUUUUAAAUAUUGCCCGUUCGUAGUUAGAAAUAGUUUUUUUUGUAUCAAAAAGAGGUGUAAAUAUUUGUUAAUAACAAAAAUAAGGUGUGACAUUUCAAGUAACUAUAAUACUAGUCAUUGAUCUAGUGUAUUUAUUUUGAUAAAUGUAUUCUUUUCGUGGUUAGGAGAUAGUUCUAUAACUAAAACAAUUUAUAAAGGUUCUUUUAAUAAAGCCGUAACUAUUUUAAUUGAAUAAAAAAAGAAGCUGAAUUGCUAAAGCGCAUUAAUUUACCAAAGAGAGACUUUAUUUACACACGCGAACACAUAAAUUCCGUCCAAAUUACGUAGGAUCGUGAACCGUCGAGCAAAAAACGACGCGAAAGCGGUGUUGCUUAGUAAAUCUAGACUAGACUUGGACAAAAACCGGUAAAAGAUGCAAGCGCAAAUGGGCAUGGGAAACGAGCUGCAACGGAGCUACAGGAUGCAGGACUUCGCAGCGCCUGGCGUCAUCAUGAGGGAGCGAAGUUUCAUCAGGCCGCAGUCGCAUCAUCAUAUGCAUCAUAACCAGUUUCCACACAAUGGGAAACGACGGAGUAUGAUCCUUACUAAUGCGAAAGGAAAGCCGACUCUGGAGAUAUACAGACCACCAGGUGUACGCACAGACGGCGCCACGGCGGGAGCCACAACGACCUCUGCCACCGCGCCUGCGCCCUCAUCCAACAAGCUCAACGUUCACGCUAAGGAGUUCACCAUGGCCAAGCCAACUGGGCCAGCAAUGGGCCUGGGGUAUACGAGUGUGGGACUUCAGCAUUCGCGGUCGGCGGUGCUGCAGGCACAGGUGCCACCACACUACCGGCCUGUGAUGCCAGCUAAUAACAUGCUAAUCAACAGCGCCUCCAGCGGCAACGUGCCGCACCAGACAUUUCAGUCGGGUCCACGCGUGCACUUCAAACUGCAGCCGCAACAUGCAAUAAUUCCGGAAAAGAAGAAGUCUCCGCCAUCUUCUCUGACUAACGGCAACGGCAAGAGUAUUCGCCCGCAGUCAUUCACUGCGGGUCUGAAGCGCUCCAAGUCCUUGACGUCUGCAGACGCGUUGGCUAGCGGAAUGGCGGCGCUGGGACUGGCCGCCGACGCAGGCGAUUUGGGCAGUUUCCCGCCUGAGAUACAGGAAUGCAUUGACAAGGCUCUUGAAGAUCCAAACGCGGUAUGCGCCCGCACCCUCAUGGACGCUGUAGGUCAUCUAGUAUCACGCGCAGUCGAGUCUCCGCGAUACGCUUUGCCGGCCGCGCGCCGCUGCAUCGCCGUGGUGGAACGCGAACAAACCGAGACCUUCCUCGAAUCGCUGCUUAACACAUGCCAACAGUGGUACCACGACCGCGAGAAGUUGCUAGGCGCUGUGGUAGGCGGCGGUAGGCCACGUCUUAUGGCAUUUCUGUCGUUCUUGCUGGAGAUGUACUGCCAGCUGCGGCGGCGAGCCAUACAGCGACGUGGCGCCUCGGCUCAACCUGGCCAAGUGCUUUUGACGCUCAUCUGCAAGUGCUGUGAGGACUGCAUCCGCCAGACUGUGCCGUCUCCUAGCGAUACGGAAAACCUGUUCUUCGUGCUAACCUACAUCGGGCGUGACCUCGAAGCUCAACUUCCUGGGGACCUAGAACGUUUGUUAUCGGCAGUCCGCGACGCGUUCCUCAACACUGCCGCCGCACCUUCCAUACGCCGCACUUUGCUGCAACUGAUCGAGCUCCAUGCUUCGCGCUGGCAGCUGCCAGGUUGCGCAGUACUGUACUACUACCCUUCCUCCAAAUAAGUAUAAGCUAAAUCGCUAGUGUUAUUGCUAGUAAGAUUAGCUAUAAGAUGCAAUUCUCAUCAGCAAUUCCUCUGUGCAGUUGGACUUAUUCCAAGCACUGAUAAGUGCACAUUGGCUGUAGGGAAUUUAUUCAAGCAAUUUCGAUGUGUAAAAUGCAAAGUGACCGAUAAUCGCCAUCCAUAAAUAUGUAGAUGUAUACGAUGUCUAGCGGAUGGAUGAUUUGGUAUCCAAAUUUGAAGUGUACAAGGACCAAAAUUUAGGUAGAUGAAGUACUGAUCACAUGGUCCAAGUUUGCGAGAGUCUGAUGAUUCGAAAACUGAUGUUUAACCGUCAGUAUUUAUCGUAACAGUGAGGAAGGGUUAGGGUAAGUGUUAGGUUUGAAGGGUAGCCGAUAUAUAGCAUACAAAACAAGCAUUUCUUUUUGUUUGUAUUCGUUUGGACGUGGUAGAUUUCAAUUGUAGUUUACGUUAGUCGAGAUCCCAUUUUUUUUGUCAAGUGUACCAUUAAAUGAAUCGUAGGCAUGGAAGCUGCCAUAAGCUUAUUAUCUCAUGUGCCUUUAUUAUUAAUUCCAUUCUCAUAGCAUUCAAGGUCUAAUACCUACCUUAAUGCUAACGCAAAAAAAUUCUAAUUCGGUAUUAGAUGCUCUUAAAUUUGUGAGAAUGUAAGCGUAAACUUAAAAUUAAGGUUCUAGAAGGAAUUAGCUUAGGUGAAUUUUAAGCGGAUAUAUGCCUUAAAAGUAUUAAACAAGUACUUUGUAAAUUAAGUAGUUGGCAAAUAGCGGUGUACGCUACUGUACGAUAUUCGCAUAGUACUUUGUGCAUUGUUUCUUUUGUCGGAUUUUAUCUAACUUUUGCCAUCUUUAGUAGGCCUAACAUUUUGCUUGUGUAAGUUUGCCUUGGAACAACUUUUGCUUCGCUUAAGAGUAGUUGUUCGUAAGUUAUUUUAAAAUUAAUGCACUCUGGAAUUUAGUUUUUUUUUUACUUUUAAGCAAUUGACUAGGCUGAGUAUGUACAGUCAUAUUAGAACUAUUACACACGGCGAUUUUUAAUAGCACGCCUGCAGCGAUUACGUCGCGAUGCACGUUUUAUCAUACUAGUGUCGCGAUACAAUCGCGCGAUUGUGUCGCUGUUAAAGUCGCCGUGUGUAACCGCUCUUAGGGAGUAUAAAUUUAAAAGUAUAGCACGUGACUGUACCUUAAUAAUUCAACUAAACUUUUCACUUUUAAAAGGUUUGACUGAUGUUCUCUAAUGGAAUUAUAUCAAUGUUUAUGCUUGUGAUAUUAUGUUAAAUUUAAGUUGUAGUCUCUGAUUUAUCUUUUCUAUCCUAACCAAAGACUGUACUGAUGUGGAAAUUUUAAUUUAUUAACAAACCAUUGUAAUUGCAACUUGUUGAAGCUGGACCAAAUUGUCAUGUUUUACGUUUCAAGUUUGGCCUUCUCCGUGUAACCGAAGUUCAGAGCCUGAAACGUAAUCCCUCAGUGUAUAUUGUCUUCAUUAUAUUAUUUUAGUUCUACGACUUGUGUGAUCAAUAUAUCCGAACAUAUAAACUAAUAUUUAAAUCUAGUUACAAUACGUAAAUUCAGAAAACUUAUAUAAAAAGACCAUAAGAGUUUCGUUAUUAUUAAUGCAUUCGUAGGUU